AUGGGUCUCUCCCUGAUUGUAAAUGGAGGUGUGUGCUGUCUGAUCUACAAGUAUCUGUCUCUGGAUGGGUUCCCCUCCAUCUCUGGUAACGAUGCCAGCUGCCGGUUCGACAACCACCUGCCCAGACCCUGUCACCAGGAGAGGAUCACCCCUCGCCACCCCGACAUGGCCGUCUGCAGCGGUAGCGAUCUAAAUGUCCAGAUGCGUAGCCGGGUUCCCCGUCCCGGGGACUAUGUUCUGGUGGUAGAAUACGCCAGUGAGGAGGAAGCACCACAGACCAUCUCUGUGUCCGUCAACACACCUGGCGGAAGGACACACCAGCACCACGUCACGGUGCUGCCCUGCAAAUACAGUUUCCUGUGUCGGGUGUUGACCAUCGAUGAGAUGAACCGUGUGGCUGUCUUCACCCUGUCCACUGAUGCUGAGGUCCAACUGAUUGCUGACAGAGCCAGUUUCUUCCUGGUAAGAGGUUUAACACAGAGCAGAAGACGG